CUCUAAUUAUUAUCCAAUAUUAUUCCCCAGGACUGCUCUGGCUGAGCCACUUGUGAUAUUUGCAUUAAUCAUUGAUGGUCAGAGUUUGGUGUUUGCAAUCAGGCAGCACACAGAGAUGCUGCGAGAGUUGUGCUCCCGAUGCGUAGCUGUACUGUGCUGCAGGAUGUCUCCUAUUCAGAAAGCUGAGGUGGUUGCCAUGAUCAAAAACUCAACAGGGAGGCCAGUUACAGCAGCCAUUGGUGAUGGAGCCAAUGAUGUCAGCAUGAUACAGGAAGCAGAU